UCGUCACGAAAAACUAAUAACUGCGGAAUUUUAUAUUUUUUUUUAUUUACGUUUCAUCAAUCUCGCGUUGAUUACCGCCCUUUGGAACACUGAAAAUUAACGCUCUUGUUAAAUUAACUUGUACAUUUUUCUCUCCACUGUUACCGUAUCAUGUUUCGAUGACGGAUUUCUCCGGCCAACUGAAAUCGAUUUUCUCUCGGAAAAAAUACUGGGGUAGCUUCCACGUAGCUUCGAGCGAAGAUCAUUGAACGUUCAAAGUCCCGAAUGCCGAUGUACCAGUCACGGCCCGAAGAUUUUCAAUUACGAGCCUUUCGGUGGGCACAGCCGGUACCCCCAGUGCACGGUUGGAGGUGGGAAGGUGGUGUGGUGCACGGGGAUGCCCGGUCUGUCCGAAGUUGGGGGUUGGGUCGGACGUUGGACGUGGAAGAGGGCGGUUUUGAGAGGGUAUGGGUCCGGCGUAGAGACAAUAGUAGGCGGACAAAAGCAUGAUAUACGGCGACCCCGGAGCAGUGGUAUUAAAAUCAUAUUUUUAAGCUCUCCAUCCCGCCGCGCGCGCGCGAGUGCCAUGAGAGCCGUGCCACCGUGUUCACCCCCAACCUCCGGGUGCGGCCCAUCUCUUUUCGACCGCCAACCCUAUCCCGCAAUCCACGCUGGACCGCGAAAUGGCGGAGGACGGGCUCUGUGUCUUUGCGGCGCCGCCGGAUUUAAUUGGAUUCGCCGGCGGUAAUUAAUGCACCCGCUAUCGACUAAGACGGACUGUACCGAUUUACUUUUCAAUAUUACCCUUCUCCGCGACCCUCCGACCGGAGACUUCCGGAAUUAUUCGAAGAGAAGAUCUAUCGCCCAGCUCCGAGCCCCGUGUGUUCUUACCAUGGUGGUAUAAAUAGCUUUCUUUGCCUACCCCGUUGCAUUUCACGAUUAAAUUUCAAUGAACGAAGGACUUCGUAUAAAUUAUGUUUUCAUGAAAUUUUUGCAUCUCAACAUUUUUAUUUUCUCUGCAACUUUUACGUGUUGAUGAGAAUAUCUCCGACUUGUGCGUUCGAACGUUAAUUUCACGUUAGCUUGUGAAUUACUCGGCUCCUGAAACUUGCGAUAACAGCCGAGCUAUUGUUGAUGAUAUCCAGUUUCGUGAUGUUUUUAUGAAUUUAUAUUCAUUGCCGAGAGGCUAUGGAAAAAAUGAUCCGAUGCUCUCGAGGUGCGCUUACUCCCGCGUACGUUCCGGGUGCACUUCAUUAAAACUUUUAAAUUUCGCUUCGUUCUCAUCGCUUGUAGUGUAACUCACGAAAACGGAGGGGUUGCUUGUACGUCUCGCGCCAGCACGAAUUUGCUGGUCCCUUGAACGUCGUUACGUCAGUCGCGAGUCUCGCUGUAGUGCUUUUACAUAGUUUCUCAUUUAAGGGUUUCGCCCUUCUGCGUGUAUUUCUUUCACGUACAGUACACAUAACCGUGUGUGUGUGUGACUUGUGCCUCGUUAUAAGGUCUAUCGGCGGUUUAUAAUACCGCAGGUUGACGCGAAAUAAAAAUCAAUUCGAUUUCGUUCCUCCUUAUUGCUACCAUUCAUGCAACGAAAUAUUUCCUAUCGCACGGUGCCUUCAAAUUAAUUUUCUUUUUUCCCUUUCAGCAUGUGUCGGGUACGAGGAAGCGUCUGUCUCAUUAUGUCCACUGUCGAUUUCCUCCGUCGCAGCGCGGAAUCGUCGCAAAACACAAGAUGUGGACCAACGUCGCGCGCGAUUACACAAAUAUUCGUAGAUGGGCACCAUUCUCCGGCUCCGCGCGUCGCAAUUAAGGCUAAUUGUUUUCUUAUUAAGACUAACUGCGCGGGUCGCUUUAUAUGGCAGUCAAUCUAUAUUUAGAGAGCGGGACGGUAUUAUUUCACUCGUGUUAAUCUCCGAAGGAUCCAAGGGCCGCGAGUCGACGUUAUUAGGCCCCGGACGACGCGAGGAGUUUGGACGUCUAAUCGACCCAGGAAUAAUGUCACCGGGAAGUUCGUCCCUCCGGCGGAGGUCUCUGUCUCUAUCCUUCCUCGCUCUACCCCUAUCUCUACGAGAGGGAUAUUCUAAUCCGUCCCUUAGAGCACGGCGCUUCGCGGGAUCCGAGGGAACAACGUAUGUGCCUCCUGGUCUCCGUAUUCGGCGCGCGAGGGUCGCGCGAGGGUAAGAGACCGGAGUGAGAACGGCACGACGAGCGAGGAGGUCGAGGGAACGAUAAUUCGGUUCACUCUGAGUCGAUGGUUGAGCUCCGGGCGCGGUUGACUCGAGUCGAGCGACUGCGAGCCGUUCUGCUCCUCCUUGAUAUCGCUGUUAGAUGGCGACUACCGAAACUCUGCACUAAUCUCAAUUUACGACACCGCGGCAAAUCAUACGUGCCGGCGGCUCCACUAUUUCCACCCUUGCCCUCACUCUCGCGUUAUUAGUCAGCGAUCGGGAGAGCUGCUGCUUAUAUCGACUUUAUUAAUUAGGUAAGAUUUAGUAAGAAGAAAGGGAUGAAACUCACUGUCGACAAGACUGCCGAGAAUGUUGUUGACAUUGUUGAAUGAUUACGAGCGUACUUAACGACUAUCCGCCGAUAGGAGGAGUAUAGAGGCCGCUGAUUUAUCAAUUUAUAUCGUGUAUUCCUUUGAAAGUUCCUGGCCGGCGAAGAGAGAUUGCUUGGAAUGUCGCCAGGCGAGCAGCCGUUCGUCCGGCUGGAAAGAGAAACUUGCGAGGUGGACUGGCAAGCCUUUGUGAGAGAAAGUGGCGAAAAAGAAUGCACGGAGGUGGAAUCGGGGGAGGAAGAGGGUGGUAGGACGGGAUGAAACGAACUGAGAUGACCAGGGAGAGUGGUAAGUGGCAGAAAGGGAAGAAGGAAGGAACGAAGAAAGGAAGGACGGACGGAAGGAAGGAAGGAAGGAAGGAAGAUAGGUAGCAAGCCUGGGGCGAGGCGAAGACCACGAAAUAUCUGUCAAUCGCAAGAGCGAGAAGGACCGUGCCAGCAAAGUCGAUUUAACGCCCGUUAAGGAAGCAAUUCCUUUAAGAAGGAACGGGCGACCCGGCAAGGACAACGUAACCCGGGAUCCUUGACCCUUGCUGAGACUUACGAUCUUCUGCGAGGAAUCGCUUCCGUUUGCUAUUAUCGGCGGACGAAUAGAACAUCAAUAACCAAUUUCGUAAGACUAAUAUCGCGAAAAUUAGUUCUCCCGCGCUCACCCCCUCGUGCUUCAUCGUCCGUGAGCUUCGUUAAAAGAUCGUAGAUCUACUCUGCGGCGACGUUCAUGGUUCUCUUAAUGUCCAUCCACAGGCGACGCGGACGAUCGUGAAUCUCUUUUUAUCGUCGUGCGAUAGUCGGCCGCUCACCCCCGCGCAUCCCGUCAUUUCCUUUCUUUUUUUACGUCCUGCAAAUAUACCGCCACGUUGCCGAUGUGCCGGAGCGACGUGGCAAACUUUAACUGAUAUUCUUUGAAGGACUCUCGACGAGGGAUGCGACAUUUGAAGCUUAAAUUAUUAUGCAGUGUCUUCUGGCGAGGGAGAGAACUAGAGAAAAAGAGAUAAUAUAAUUCUUCAAGUUUCUUCUUUGGAAUUUUCGUGUAGAAUAUCGCCAACACCCUCCACACGUGUGUAUUUAACUACGUAAUCGCGUGAACUUUCACAGGGAGGAAGAGACUCACGUUGUCGAGGACAUCCACGAGCACUCGGCCAUGGCUCGGGGAUACGCGCGAGAGACGCACGAUCGUGUCGAAUGCAAAUUUCACGAGUUUUUCCAAUGGCGUUGAUGAAUAAGAAAUCGUGAGGUCGUUCGCUGUAUGCCGUAACGAAAUGGAGUACGGAAGUAGAGUGGCGUAAAGACCUCGUUGGAAACUGAGUUUCAUCAAGCACACUGGCCCCUUUUUUUCCAACCCCACCACCCUUCCCGCGCCUGCCGUCUCGUCGCAAUCUCAGUUCCUUUAUAUAUUCGCUCUUAUCAGAAGGUUGUAGGGAAAGGGCGAUACACGAGGGCCCGAAACGGAAUUUUGCCUUCCAAAGUUGACGGCGGAAGUACUCGUUACGUACUCGCUGCACAUUAUUCCACCUGCUCUUUCGUGCGCACGUCCUGCCGUAUCUGUUACACGUCUUCACAUUUUCUUUCGCACUCCUGCGUUACCCCUUUGUUACCUCCGGUAGCGAUCAUCCGCUAAGAAGUCGAGUGGCUAAGCGUCAAUCCCUCGAAAACUGCAUUUUGUCCAUUUAUAUUAUCUGACUGUCACCAAUUUGGAAUUAAUGUUAUUUAGUAAAUAAAAAAUGUUCAACGAAGCACAAACAUGUAAUAAAAUAAGUGAAUGAUGAUUAUGAUUGAUGUAUGGAGUUGUUUAAUAUUUUUUUUAUUUGCAUGUUCAAACUGUCGCGUUACUGACUGUUACACUUUUGCUAAAAAAUUGAAUUGUUAUAUCUAUAGACGAAUUGACGAAUGAUGAUUGACAUGUUGACGAUAAAUGCUAAUAAUAUUUAUAAAUAUUUUUCUUUUCUCUCAUGACAUAUAAAUGUUAUUUCUAAAAACAGGAAAUUUAAUAAACGAAAACGAAGUGCAAAUGGAUCAGUCACCAGGUUUGGGAACAAAAUCUAAGCGAUUUUAAAAAUGUCAGUUAUAUGUCAUUAUGUCAAAUAAAUUUAUGGUAGAACAAGCAAUAAAGAUUUUAAAAAUGUAGUUGACACAAUAAAUAAAGAUAAAGUCAAAUUGAAACAUCUCUCAAAUUACUCUAGUUCUGAAAUUGUGUCGUGAUUAAUCGUGAUCGUCUCUCUGUAAGUUUAUAUUUAUUCAUUUACAAAUAUUACAUCUUUGAUAUACCUCAAUGUAAACGUUAAUAAUUCAAAUUCAUUAAACAUUAAAAUGGAGUGAUUGCAAGUUCGUGCGCUACCAUUUUCAAUAUUGAAUUACGUAAUAAAUUGAAGACCUCGUUAAAAUUUCUAUUUCAUUUUUAGCUCGCAAUUACGCGACUCGGCGUUCACAAAGACUCCCUGAACGCAGAAAAGCAAGAUAGAAUUCGCGAUUUAUGACUCGUUGCACAAAGAUUAUGAAAGAAGAUGAAGAGAGGAACAAGAUGUAUCGCUCAAACCAUUAAUCUGUCCGAUCCGAAAACCUGUGUAAGACCAACGGUUCAGAGACUCGUUAGCGCGGAUAAGGAUUCUCGUACCGAUACUAAUCGCGCAAGUAAUUACUGUGCACCGAGACCAGUGACGAUUAAAGUUUGCACACGGCAGGACACGCAAAGAAAAUGCCCGCCGAAGCUCUGUGAUUGUCCCGCGCAGCUGCCACCCCUCUCGAGCGGCGAAAAACUUUGCAGACUCGUGAUGUUUCUAAUGAAAGGCGCUAUCUGUACCGGUCUUAUUUAUUGGACCUGCUCGGAAGGAUUCUGGGGCGACAGUACUAAAACGGAAGAUCUGUAUUAUAGAAUGAUGAGGUCGAUUGCGCAUGCUAUAGAUGGCCGACCACCAGAUGCCAGUGACGUGAGUAUGAAUCUGUCAAUGUGAAUAUAUAAACAUCACAUGAAAAUGUCAAGUUACAUUUAACGCCGCAUGGUUUUCUAAAUUUCUGUCGUCCACGGACUCCUCUCACUGACACACUGUCGUCUUUACAAGUGCAGCUGCCGCAUCUGGACCGAAUGAAAUACUCGGCGUUGCAGGUGUACAAUCGCAUGGUGGUGCGAUGUAUGGAUAUCAUCGUCAGUGUGCCGCUGGAGAUGCAUCGGAAGCUGCGAACUAUCCUAUUCCCGUGCGACUCGGCUGAGAAAACGACGUCGACACGUCUCGACUAGGAAUUGUGUCGGUAUUUGAAGCGUUAUCGUAUGGGUAUAUCAGGUAAUAUGGCACCCACCCCCGCGAAGCUUUCUACAGCUUUUCGUAAAUCUAAUCACGCGAGAUUUAAGCGGAACGGCUACGGCAUCGGAUCCCUCGGAAUUGACGGCGACGUUAACGCAAAUAAACGUGCUUCAUUUCCCGAAGAAACAUUCGCGCGCGGAUUGUCGAGGGUACACGCGAGACUUCUCUUUUUUAUUUCCGCGCACGCGGUAUGCUCGCGGUAACCACGAGGUGUCUGAGGCGGGAUUAAAAUUCCGCGCGGCAUCUUUUCCAUUUUCCUCCGCAACGCUCAAGGGCACGCGAGGGAGCUCGCAAGGCGUGCAUCCCAAGCAAUUUUUAUGGCCCUCCUCCGCCUGACUAUUGUCGUGAAAUCUUAGAUACAAGGAGACUUGGAUGCUUAAAAAUUGGAGGAAAAAACUCUACUUUCGUUACGUGUCUUUACGACUCUUUCCGCUACGGUGCUUUUAGAUGCUAGAAAUUUUUGAACAUCUUAUAUAAAUUAUAUAUUUAAAUGCGUAUGCGCGUGUGAUUCGAGAGAAAUAUUUUCCAGAUCAAAUUCGCGUAGUGAAAUCGAUACACGGAGCAGACGAGAGCUAACUAGGGUGAAAUUUAAGAGCAGGACCAAGUUUCGCCGAGCGCAGCGCGGAAUAUCUCGAAGCCGUCGCUCCGAGUGACUUCUCGUGCGGGCGCGAGUAUUCCUUUUUCGUCGAACGGGAAGGAAGUUUCGGUCCCAUUUUUCAAGCGCGUCUAUCCUUUUUGCGGCACGUGAGCGUCGUUUGUCAAGGUUCCUAUUUUACUUUAUAAGCGUGCUCUUCUCUCCCGAGUGCACGGUCGUUGCGCGGAGAAGUAGUAAUACGGUGGCGUUUCUCGCCUUCUUGGGGGUGGCGCGAAUAAACGAGCGGGAAUCACUUGAAUACUUUGGUGUUCAGACAAUUAAACAGUUUAUUUCAGAUCAAAACAUGGUGUAGUAUAUACAUACGGCUUAAACGAUAAACGAUAUGGAUCUGAUAUGAAAUCGCCUAUACAGUGAACGUGAGGUUCCGCUUGCGGCUGUCGAUCGAUUUACAUGGACUCGGUGUGUCGCGUCGUUACGUACAGCUGAUUAUGUACAGUCAUUUUACUCGCUACUACAUGUUACUUCCUCUUCGUACAUGCUCUCCUUAUUCUCCUCGCCUCGCGCGCGGUUGUUGAAUCGCGCCGAGAACGGUUACUUCCGGUGCCUACUUUUGGCGAUUUUCCUCGCACGCUUCCUCGCUAAAUAAGAGAUCCUUACACAUGACAAGAUUAAUAUCCCCGAUAUUUUUCUCGCUUUACAAAAUGAAUAUGUGGCCAGUAGUAUUUCUUCGUCUUAUUCUAACUCUCGGCCCGCGUUAAUGCGUCGUCUUCGACAUUAUUCAUUCUUCAACAAGUUCUCGUGGACGUGAAAGAUACGUGUCGCUGAAUCGACCGCUGCCGAUUCUUUCACGAUCAUCCAGAAGUAUAAAAAAAUUGAUAAAACAAGAAAUCGCGUGGAUAAAAAUUUCAUACAUUGAGGAUCAGAUUAAUUAUCAGGUAGACUCAAAGAUCUUUUUAAAAGGAAACAUCAUUGAGAAGAGAUGUGAAGACUUGAAGUUUAUUCGAGUUCAUUCAAUCUCUUUUCAAUGGUGAAAGGCUCUGGAGAAUCGUCAAAAAACCACAAAGCCGUGACGACACGGGGGUGUGAAUUUGCGGGAGCUCGAAGAACGCGUUGUCGAGCACGGCAGUCCGCGUAAAUGCGAAAACCACCUGGAGAUUCUCGCGGAUCGACAGGAACAAUUUCAGCGUUCUUUCGGCGUUUCUUCAUCUUGCCAAUGAACAAUCCAACAGGGAAAGGGGGAGGGGGGAGGGUGAGUGCCCGACAACGUGGCCGUUCUGUCGCUCAUUUCGGAAACUCGGACGUGGGCCAACUUAUCGUUAGACUUUCCCGUGAUAAUAUGUACAGCGAUACAUUAGCUAACGAGCAACCAUCGUACUGGAUCAUUAUCUUUUUAUACAUCGAAACAGACACACUCGAUUGAUUCGACAUUAUUUAUACGUUUCGUAUGCCGAAGAGAUUCCCGUGUCGCGACGCGACACUCGUUACUCAUUUUCCUCCUGUCCGUCGCAACGAUCUCCCUUUUUUUACACAUUAUGAGUCUAUCGAUCAUUCGAAGCGAGCGAACUUUCCACGAGCAAAAUUCGCGUUACGCCGUUCCAUUAGGGAUACGCUUUUUGCCGAUUCGUUAGCUCCAUUCUCGCCGCAGAAGUUUCACCACUUCGUCGCGAAGUGCCACGUGGAAGACCAGUUUUUGCGAAGCUUGCAAAGUGAAAGCUUUCUUCGCGCGAGCAUAGAAAUUCGUUUGCGGACGCCACGUAUAUCGUGCCUCCUCGCGAUUCUCUUCCUACCUUCUUCUCUCUCUCUCUCUCUCUCUCUCUUCCUCCUCUUGUCGCGAAUUGAACGAAAUCGCGCGUAACGAUUUAAUAAAGAACUCAUUAAACUAUGUAUAUAUUUACACACACGCGCGCACGCACACACAUCCGGAUGAAGAUCACCCCAUGGAAUUCUGAGAAUGUUGAGUCUCGGCCUUGUGUGAGUUGUUCGACGUUCGCGGGAAUACGGUGAAACUCAUAUCUCGGUAGCGGUAGAAAAAUUUAUAAAUGCUCUAUCACAAUUACACCAAUAGAGUGAUGUCUCGCCUGGUCUCGGUCUCGAUAAGUAGUCGUUUCGCUUUGUACGUUAUAUAUAAUAUAUAUACGCGACGUGCUCAUCCCUUUAGAAUGGCAGGGGGGAGUUGCAUGAUUUUUCUCGCCGCUCGUAUAAUAUUUAAUUAUCUAUUUAAUUAUUCAUUCGCGAUCGCACGACGCGUUACGCAGAGAGAAAGUACGAUCGAUACGAUCUAGAGAUCUAACGUGUGCGUUUGGUGAUUAGUGAUUUCUUUGAAAUUUCUUCGUCUCGGAAAUUUAAUAACGUCAACGCCGUCCGCGCGUUGCGUACGAAAGUUGUGCCCAAGAAUAUCGAAUUCGGGGUUUAAGGAUAUCGAUACCUCGCGGUGCUCCGUUUCUCUCCCCCUCGCCUCCUGAUUUUAUCGCGAUAUCGGGGCCGAUCGUUCAACCUUAAAACCGCAUUUCACGCCUUCAAACUACACGCCAAAGUGGCAUCGAGCAUUCCCUUUCUUCCUUUCAUUCCGCGGUUCCCUCCUCCCCGUACGCGCCCUCGACUCGGUAUAUAUUCGCGCAGUUCCUCCAUUCGUCUUCAUUCGAGCCAUCGGAAAAGGGGUUCG